AUGGGAAUAAAGUGUUUACAGUUUGGCCUUGACAACACGGCGCUCGCGCUGCUUGAGCACGGGGUGGAGGGAUGCCGGCUUGAAUGGAAAGACCUCGACCGCUUUGCUCGGAAGUCCUGGUCUUGGGGACACUACGGCUAUGUCCGCUGCGCCUGCCCAAGCGGAAGUUGGCAAACUUGCGAUGGCUGCUCUUGGGGCUUCGGCAGAGAGAAUGAUGUCUGGAUGCCCGACUGGGAUGAACCCUUGGAAGAUGCCAAGGCCACUGCCCUAGAUAUAGCGGAGAUGCCCUUCACCGAAGCCCUGUUCACAGCUAUCCGGUCUGACAACUGCCUUCCCGGCUUGGAGGUCGCGGACGAAGUUUGGGCACGCUUGCUGGACAUCGCUGUCCUUCUGGGCGACAAAGACCUGGCCUCGCAAUGUGCCCCGCGCUGCCCAUGGAAGCCACUGCGGCGGUGGAGGGCGCGGGAUCUCAUCUGUUGGAGCUACACGGACAUCUCCAUCCCCGAGCCGGCAAUCUUGGAAGCCGCCGUAGGUGCGGGUCUGGAUCUGGCCCACCUGCGCGGGCCCUAUGGCGUUUCUCUCCGACAGGCCCUGGUGCUGUCAGGUGAGCUGCAGCUCUUAGAGCGGAUAGGGGGCCUCUUGCAGUCAAAAGACAGCCCCGGCCGAGUGGGUCCACGGAACAACGGGAGGGCGCUGCCCAUCGGCUGGCUUGUGGAGGCACACGGGCCCAACGCACACAGGGUUUCCUGGACUCGCUUGGAGUUGGUUAGGCUGGCGGGUCUGGGACACGCUGGCCGCAUCAAUGAGAGAGUGGCCGCCGAUCUGUUCUGCCUCACGUGCCGCAAACCUCGAACAGCACUGAGUCACUGCACUAUGCUGGAUCUUUGCAUCUUCGGCGGGCAGGCUCGCUGCGCGGAGCUUGGUGGACUGAUGGGAGCCAGCCUGGGGGACCGGAGCAACUUGAUGUGCCUCAACCCUAUCUGCGGAGACAGCCAGUGUGGGCCUUCUUACUUAAAGGUUCACCGGUUUUCGACCCCCAGCUUCUUCGUGAAGGUGGCCCCUCUUGCCGAGCGCCAGGCCGCUGCCGCGCUCGCCCUGGCAAGGGCGCUUCGAGCCUCCUGGUGCCAGUCUUCGGAUCAGAUGGGUGUGGGCCUCCACCAAACCCUGCUUGCUUGGGCUGAUGGAAGGACAUCACGCUUCCGAUUUUUGGUAAGCAAGAUUCUCACUUUCGCUGCCCACCGUCCUGCCCUUGCAGACCAGCUGUCAGCAUGUGUCCGGCUGCUGCUGGGUGAGUGGGAGGCGUUCCAGGAGGUGACGGCCUUAGCCAGCUUUACUGAAGCUGUGGCUUGA